AUGACAUUUGAUGGAAAUGAAUACAAGCCAUACCAGAGCGACACAACAGGACUUUCCGUCUACCAAGGAGGGACGUUCCUGUCUUUCAGUAUAAGCGACAUUAUAUUUUUUGAUACCAUUCCAGCAAUCACCGUUGCCAUGAUGAAAGAGAUUUUCACACUAAUGGCGAACGGGAUAGUACAAGUGAAUGGUGAGCCAGUUGCCCUCCCUUUGACGAAGACUUACUCAACACCAGAGUCACCUAUCAACGGCAAAGUGACAGUUCAGCAGAAUGGACAGGCGCUAGUUCUGCAGUCGAACAUACACCAACUAACUGUGGAAUUUUCCACUGACGGAAGCAAUGACGUCAGUGUUUCGUUGUGUGUAUAUUGGGAGACAUUGGUGUCGGGAAAAUGUGUCAGUUUUAACAAUGGUGGUAUUACUGAUUUUACUGAUUUUGGUACGUCAGUUACAUUACUUCUAACCACUGCAGAUAUGACUGUUAGUGAUGUAACGAUCCGAUAG